UUUCGUACAGGACGAGCUGUCUAUUCGUUGCUCUCAAGGUCAGAUUAAACAUGUGGCUGUAACACGCCUCGUUUCGGUCUUCAAUUCGCAAAUAUCAGCGCGAUGGAAAUAGUUGGAUUGGUCGUGGAGGUCUACUCGCUUGGACACCUCGUUCGCCAUACAUCAAAGUUUACAGCGCAUCAUUAACGGUGCUGCCCUCAUACGGAAAGGAAAGCAUGACAUUUUAAAAUGUAGUCAUUGUCGCUUGUGCGUAGCCAAUGCAGCGGAUCACUACAAAGAUCAAGCCACUUAAGUAUUUCAGUGGAUGUAUGCAGCGUUGGAUGAGGUGGAUACUUGAUCAUAGUCAUGGGUGGAGACGUAAUGGAAGGAAGCGGUCGUGGCGUAUUUCAUUGUACCAAGAAAAGAAAAGACGAAAGAAUCAAUCGCCCACCGCCACAGACGCCUUUCUAAGAGCGAAGGCGUGGAUUUCUUCGGAGAGAUCGCCCGUACAAGUGAUGUCUAUACGCAACGCCUCGUGUGAUAGUGUCGGAUGCCACCGCAUUGAACUUCCCCUAUCAAGACAGAGGAGGGUACAGUUCUCCUUGUUAGUGUCUUUAUCUUGCGCACAGAAAUGAUGGAUUACUCAUAGGCAGUAACACACUGCACCGGUCAAGAAGACGUACUGUAAGACAUAUUUCACUUUUACUACACACCAUAAACAAUAAAAUGACCGUGAUACUCUUAUUCUGCCGAGCUGUAACAUGAAAUGGAUCAAGGGUGCACAAAAUGUCAGUUCAUUCUUCCCUUACAAACACAGAAAAUAAAAGCGAAUUGUGAUACCAGAGCUCGAAGGUCCAGCCCUCUAAUACCAGAGGCCGCUAUUAGAUGAUUUUCUGAGCUACUUUAAACCGUAUCAGUUGCUCAUAACCUGGUUUAUUAAUAUCUUUCUUAAUAUCUUCCUUCAAUUUUUUCCUAGGCCAUUUUUAAGAUGGUUUCCCACCUAAAUUCUACAUGCAUCCCUUGUGUUCCUCAUUCUUUUUAUAUGCA